AAGCCGGGCGUGUGUGCGCGCAGUCCGCGCGCUGAGUGUGGCCGCCGGGACCCAGCAGCCCGCCGCCCGCCCGGUGUCCCUCCUUCCCAGCUCCUCAGCCACCUCACCAGGGCCUUCCACCACCCAUCCCUUGGCUUUGCGGCCUCCGCUCAAAGUUUCCUUGGCGCAGAAGCUUAGGCGCAAGGGCUGUAGCCAAGACGCCUUGGUGGUGGAGCGCGAUCCUCGGCGUGGCUCAGCUGCCAGCACCUGCUCUGCACCGAACCCGCCUGAGCGCACGUUUUCUUCCCACUUGGCGGGAGCAGGGGGAGGGGUGCGGUGGCGAGAAUCAGAGAGGAGCCCCGGCUCCUGACGGCAUACCCAGCUUGGCUACCCAACGCAUUUGUGGGGUCACGGAAGAAAACUGGAUCCGCAGCCAAGUUGCCUGAGCAGGGACGGGGAAGGUUUCCACGGCCAUCCAAGGUUGUCCCUGUAUCAGUCGCCACAGGCGUGAGGGUUUGGAGACACCUAGACUGUCAGGGCUUUAGAACCGACAUUCCCUUCCUGACCCCUUUGAAAGGAAAAGCUGACAGAGCUGAGGCAGGAGGACGCCUAAAGAACCCCGGAGACUCCUGUGAGCUUCAUCCUCCUUGGCUUUGGAUUUUAAGGACACGAAGGGGCAUGAACAACAUGUCAAGGAAAACUGAUGAUGAUGGUUUCAAGAUGUAGAAUCCUUAUACAUGAAGUAUCCCAAAUGAAGUUGAGGAAUCUGGAUUGAAAGUGCUUCAUAUUGUGGUAUUGGAGAGUGACACAGGAAGACAGCAUCAUGAGCUCUGGGGACUUCUAAGCUACUCUGUGGAUUUUUAACAUAUGAGCAUAGUGAAAUAAUCAUAAAAAGAGGUUCUAAGAUCAAGAGUGCAGGUGGCCACCAGCAUGAGGAGCCCAGUUCAUGUUGAUGAAAUGAAAGAAGCAAAAUGCAGUGUUCAAGGCAUGUUUCAAGCAGUUGGCUGGUGGGACUUUGAGAGAUGCUGCCGCCCGUGAUGUGGUGGAGUUAUCAUGAUCAACCACUCCGUUCGGACUUCAACCAGUGGCCAUGAGCUUUGUCUGAUAGACCACAGCAGGAGUUGGAUUUUUAAAAAGGAGCAAACCAGGUAUCCAUCCUCUGGACAUCAAAGAAGAGAGUGAAAUUAUUUGUCUCCCAAUAACAAAGGUCUCCUGUGGAAGCAAAUGUAUUACCUGCUUAUUGUGCAGCCCUCUUGAGAUGAUCUUUAUUCAGUUAUGGGAUAUAUGAAGUUUGCUGAUAAUUUACUUAGAAGAUUUGUCAUGGCACAAAUCAAUAAGCAUGGUAAAUGAAAAUCAUCAAAUCUGCAACCUGGGGAUGGUUCAAUGGAUAAGAAAGCUUGCAGUGGGAACAAGAGGACCUGGAUUCACAUUGCCAGCACCCACUAUACCACUCCCACUAUUCCUUCUACACAGUUCUUUUAAGAGACAAGCAACACACAGGCCCGUAACCAAGGUGUAGACUAAGAAGUGGAGUCAUGCUUCACACGGCUAUACCAUGCUGGCAGCCAUUCCUGGGUCUGGCUGUGGUGUUACUCUUAAUGGGAUCCACCAUUGGCUGUCCUGCUCGCUGUGAGUGCUCCGCCCAGAACAAAUCUGUUAGCUGCCACAGAAGACGCUUGCUUGCGAUCCCAGAAGGCAUUCCCAUUGAGACCAAAAUCUUGGACCUGAGCAAAAAUCGACUAAAGAGCAUAAACCCUGAAGAGUUCAUCUCAUAUCCUCUGUUGGAGGAGAUAGACUUGAGCGAUAACAUUAUCGCUAAUGUGGAGCCUGGGGCAUUUAACAAUCUCUUUAACCUGCGUUCCCUCCGCCUAAAAGGCAAUCGCCUUAAGUUGGUCCCUUUAGGAGUAUUCACGGGACUGUCCAACCUUACCAAGCUUGACAUUAGUGAGAAUAAGAUUGUCAUUUUGCUGGACUACAUGUUCCAGGAUCUGCAUAACCUGAAGUUUCUAGAAGUGGGGGACAAUGAUUUGGUUUAUAUCUCACACAGGGCCUUCAGCGGACUACUUAGCUUGGAGCAGCUCACCCUGGAGAAGUGCAACUUGACAGCAGUACCAACAGAAGCCCUUUCCCAUCUCCGCAGCCUCAUCACCCUGCACCUGAAGCAUCUCAAUAUCAACAAUAUGCCUGUGUAUGCCUUUAAAAGAUUGUUCCACCUGAAAAACCUAGAGAUCGACUAUUGGCCUUUGUUGGAUUUGAUGCCAGCCAAUAGCCUCUAUGGUCUCAACCUCACGUCCCUUUCAAUCACCAACACCAACCUGUCCACUGUCCCCUUCCUCGCCUUUAAACACCUUGUAUACCUGACCCACCUUAACCUCUCCUACAAUCCCAUCAGCACUAUUGAAGCUGGCAUGUUCUCUGACCUGAUCCGCCUACAGGAGCUUCAUAUAGUGGGGGCCCAGCUCCGCACUAUUGAGCCUCACUCCUUCCAAGGGCUCCGCUUCCUCCGUGUGCUCAAUGUAUCUCAGAACCUGCUGGAAACAUUGGAAGAGAACGUCUUCUCCUCCCCUAGGGCUUUGGAGGUCCUGAGCAUUAACAACAACCCACUAGCCUGUGACUGCCGACUCCUCUGGCUCCUGCAGCGACAACCCAACCUGCAGUUUGGGGGCCAGCAGCCCAUGUGUGCCGGGCCAGACACCAUCCGUGAGAGAUCAUUUAAGGAUUUCCAUAGCACUGCUCUUUCUUUUUAUUUUACCUGCAAAAAACCCAAAAUUCGUGAAAAGAAGUUACAGCAUCUCCUCGUGGAUGAAGGGCAGACGGUCCAGCUGGAGUGCAACGCUGAUGGAGACCCGCAGCCCGUGAUAUCCUGGGUGACACCUCGAAGGCGUUUUAUCACCACCAAGUCCAACGGAAGGGCCACUGUGUUGGGUGAUGGCACCUUGGAAAUCCGUUUUGCCCAGGAUCAAGACAGUGGGAUGUAUGUUUGCAUCGCAAGCAACGCUGCUGGGAACGAUACCUUCACAGCAUCUCUCACUGUGAAGGGAUUCACGUCAGACCGCUUCCUUUACGCAAACAGGACCCCUAUGUACAUGACUGACUCCAAUGACACCGUUUCCAACGGCACUAAUGCCAAUACUUUCUCCCUGGACCUUAAAACAAUACUGGUAUCUACAGCCAUGGGCUGUUUCACAUUCCUGGGAGUGGUUUUAUUUUGUUUUCUCCUUCUUUUUGUGUGGAGCCGAGGGAAAGGCAAGCACAAAAACAGCAUUGACCUUGAGUAUGUGCCCCGAAAAAACAAUGGUGCUGUUGUGGAAGGGGAGGUGGCUGGCCCCAGGAGGUUCAACAUGAAAAUGAUCUAAGGGCCCACCACACACUACUGUCUCUGUGUUACUGUUGGUCGUGAGUAAGCCGUCUGAUAGAGUGAAUCGAUCACAAGGUUAUCGGGCAGCUUUGCGCAGCUGCCCCUGUGUCAAAGCAGGGUCCAUGGAAGCAGGAAGACUUCUCAUGGAGACUGGCUGAUUAGAGGCAGGCAGGCAUGUGUCAGAGCCCUUCACACAGUGGGAUACUAAUUGUUUGCAUUGCAAAUAUUGGCAUUCUGGGGAUCUCAGUAAUGAACCUGAACCUUUGGCUCAUGCUGAUGGACAAUAAUUCAACAUUUUCUACCACUGCAAAA